AUGUCGAUCGGUAUUGCGAAGCUCAACCACCCCGCGCCCGAGUUCAACGAGGUCGCGUUAAUGCCCAACGGCACCUUCAAGAAAGUCAGCCUGAGCUCCUACAAGGGGAAGUGGGUGGUGCUCUUCUUCUACCCGAUGGACUUCACCUUCGUUUGCCCGACGGAAAUCUGCCAGUUCUCCGAUUCAUACGAAACGUUCAAGGAGAUCGGCUGCCGGGUGAUCGCGUGCAGCAUGGAUAGCGAGUACUCCCACCUCGCGUGGGUGAACACGGAGCGAAGCAAAGGCGGCCUCGGCGCGGUCACUUUCCCCAUCCUCGCGGAUAAAACGAAGUCCAUCAUGACAGACUACGGCGUGCUCAAAGAGGAUGAGGGGAUCGCCUACCGCGGCGUUUUCAUUAUCGACCCCAAAGGCAACCUCCGGCAGUUCACCGUGAACGACAACUCCGUCGGCCGCAACGUGGAUGAGGUGCUGCGCCUCGUGAAGGCCUUCCAGUUCGUCGAGAAGCACGGCGAGGUGUGCCCGGCGAAUUGGAAGCCCGGAUCGGAGACGAUCAAACCAAAUCCAAAGGAUGCCGUCGAGGGCUACUUCAGCAGCCAAACGGCUCCCGAGAAAUAA